AUGAAGUGUCAAUUGAUUGCUGCGAUUGUCGCUUUCGGAGUUGGAUGCCAUGCGAUUCCAACUCCUUCGACUCAUGUACUUCAUGAGAAGCGGUCUUCGUUGCCACGGCUUUGGGAAAGAGGAGGCCGGGUUGAGAGUGAUGCGAUUCUACCAGUUCGAAUUGGCCUGACCCAGGAUAACCUCGAUAAUGGAUACGAGUACUUGAUGGACGUUUCACACCCCGACUCGCCAAACUUCGGCAAACAUUGGACAGCCGAAGAAGUCCACGACGCCUUUGCUCCAGCACAAGCUGCCGUCCAAGCGGUCCGCGAUUGGCUGAUCUCGGCUGGGGUUAGACCAAUUGACAUUGUUCACUCCGACAACAAAGGAUGGCUUGCAAUGAACAUUCCUGCUUGGAAGGCAGAAGAUCUGUUCCGAACCGAGUACCAUGAGCACAUUCAUUCUGAUUCUGGAGCUGUGAGGGUUGGGUGUGAUGAAUACUCUCUCCCAGAGCACAUCCGAGAGCACGUUGACUACAUAACCCCAGGUGUCAAACUCUCCGCAUCACUCAAACGUUCCCUCGUUGAGCGCUCCACUCCCCUACACAACAAGCCUGGUCCCUACAAGUCCCAUUACCCGCAUGAUCCGCACUGGACAUUUCCACCCGGAGCUGGGUCUCUCCCACCCGAUCUUCAAGCAUGUGGUCGCAACAUCACGCCCACUUGUAUCAAAGCGCUCUAUGAUAUCCCCAAUGCUUAUAUCAAGGAUGACGUCAAUAUCAUGGGUUUGUAUGAAAGCGGUGACAUCUACUCUCAGGCAGAUUUGAACUCAUUCUUUGCUGCAUAUGCGCUAAAUGUACCACAGGGAACACACCCCAAGUUGGACAGUAUAGAUGGAGGAGAAGCGCCUGUGGCUCCAGGCAGCGAGUAUAAUACUGGAGAAUCGGAUAUUGAUAUGGAUCUUACAUUUUCUCUGAUCUAUCCACAAACCGUCACUCUUUACCAAGUAGACGACAACAUCGAAGCCUUCACCGACGGUGGCUUCAACACCUUCCUCGACGCCCUCGAUGGCUCCUACUGCACCUACACGGCCUACAACAUAACCGGUGACUCUCCCGGUGUCGACGCCGUCUACCCCGAUCCCGCACCAGGUGGAUACAAAGGCCCCCUCGCAUGCGGGACCUACACGCCCACCCGCGUGAUAUCCGUCUCCUACGGCGUCUCCGAGUACGACGCGCCCCUAAACUACACCCGCCGGCAAUGCAACGAAUUCCUCAAACUCGGCCUCCAAGGCCACACCUUCGUCUGGGCCUCCGGCGACUACGGCGUAGCCUCCUUCCCCGGCGACGACUCCGACAACGGCUGUCUGGGCAACGACUCCACCGUCUACAACCCCUCGUUCCCGACCUGUCCCUACGUAACCAACGUCGGCGCCACACGCCUGUACGACGACCAAACGAUCCUCGAUCGCGAGAGCGCCAUGCAAGCCGAUCUGGGCCCGAGCGCAGAGUUGUUUAGCUCCGCGGGCGGCUUUGCGAAUUAUUUCCCCGUCCCGGAAUACCAGAAGUCUGCCAUCGCGACCUAUUUCGCGAAACACGACCCGGGUCUCCCGUACUACUACAUCAACGCCGACGCUUCUAACAUCGGCGCGAACGGGGGUUUCUAUAAUCGCGUCGGUAGGGGCUUUCCCGACGUAUCAGCGAACGGAGCAGAGCUGCUGGCGUACGUGAACCAGAGUCUGGGGCAUUGGUGGGGAACCAGUUUAGCGGCGCCGAUUUGGGGGAGCGUCGUGACGUUGAUUAAUGAGGAGAGGACGGCGGUGGGGAAGGGGCCGGUGGGGUUUAUCAACCCGACGCUGUAUGCGAAUGCGUGGGCGUUGAAUGAUAUUGUGAAUGGGAGCAAUCCGGGGUGUGGGAGUGCUGGGUUUGCGGCGGUGGAGGGCUGGGAUCCGGUUACGGGGUUGGGGACGCCGAGUUUUCCUAGGUUGUUGGCGUUGUUUUUGGGGUUGCCUUGA